AUGCGGAAGGACGGUACCAGUUUUCACGGAGCAACGAAGGCCAUUCCAGUGAUGGUUACUAAAAAGUUCCGGAACCUGGCACCAGCGGAGGCGGCUGUGGAAGAAUUGGCCAGAAAAGAUGUUUCGGAUUUCGAAGGGAAGAAGAAGGUACUCGCUAAGAAGAAGAAAAAGAAACCGGCAACUAAAUUAGAUGAGUUGAAUGAGCUCUGUGUAGCUCUCGUGAAGAAAAAGCAUCUGAAUGCUGGGCAAAUGCUGUCUUCAACGCCUCCACAGACACUCCCAUCAUCACUUCCACGGACGCUGACUCAACAGAAGCUGCCUCUAGUACCUCCACAGAUACUGCGAUCACCAGUUCCAGAAACGAUUUCUUCGUUAAGCAUGCCACAGAUACUGUCUGUAGGAUCACUGUCUCCUGAACAAAAACCAUACGACGAACAACCAUCGACAUCAUUCGGCCACCAGAAUGUAAGGCCUGGAGCCCCUCCGUUUAUGGUAGAAAUCAACGCUGCGCUGUUGAAUUCCGGUAUAUCAAGCCCAUCCGACCACGGAAACGCUCAAACUUCCCUUGAUGUAGUAGGACAGAUCGUUCCAAAGAUCGGACCAGGCGAGCUGCUGAUUUCAAAUAAUGACCAAGAUCUUGACACAUACACGACAUCGAUGACCAACACUGGGACUGGUUUCCUUCAUCAAGGAAAUAUGAUGCAAACUGAUGAUUCUAACGAAGAUGUGACUGAUCUUGACGCGCUGAUCAAACAAGCAAUUUGUGAUUCUGUGAAUGACUCUGUUCCUAUGGCUAUCGAAUCUCAUCUGGGCAAAGUUAUCGAAAAGGCCGUUUCUCAAGCGGUUUCCAAAGCUGUUGAGCAGACAGUAUCCAAAGCUGUUGAGCAGGCGGUAGCCAAAGCAGUGGACAAAUGCUUUGAAUCAAAUUUUCCGCGUCUUGCAGCUGUUUUUGAAGUUAUGGAUAAAGAGAAAGAUAAAACCUCAUCAACCAACGAUAUCAUCAUCGAAAAACGUCCUCUCAUCGACACCGAGGAAGAUGUUGAGCAGUUCAACAUUGAAUUGAACGACGGGACACUGCAAGCUAAAUUUUUGGAGUACUACGCUCGCAUCAUUGUACCGAAUGCAUACGCUGGCAAAGGCGACAAUGCGUGUUACGUGAUAGCGGACUGUCUCUUCACUAGACAGUUCUGGAAUAAGUUUACGUGGACUGGAGUGAACAGGGGAGAAAAAUCGUCUCGAGGUUUUCGCGAAUUCGGGAACGUGACAGAUUUGAUGUUGAAGCUUGUACAAAUCGGUGAUCCUACGUACAAAAAACAAGAUUUGGAAAAGUUUUGCAAGGUAAGGCUAUUCAGACACUGCAAAACCCGAUCCAACAAGAAAGUGCUCCGCAAAUCCACAUGUCGUUGUAAGCGAAGUGUUCCGAGGAAGAAACUUCGAAUCGACGAUCAGUGUGCAGCCAAUGACCAACAAACUUUGGCUACAGCAUCAUUGUCACAGGACGCCGAAAAUGUGAAUGAUUCUGAUGAUGCGACCAACGAGGAAGACUAUUUUACACAUCCGACCGAAUCUUCUGAUGAUGACGAGAGAGACCAUGCGUCAGUUGACAGUGAUGACUCUUCUGAGUGA